AUGACCUUACAUACACGCCGCGUCGUAUUCAGGGAAAUAGAGUGGUUUCGAUCACUACUACAACAAGUUUUCGACACGCAACAAAUGAUGUUCGGACGGCUUGAACUCAAACACGCCGUUAGGCUUGAAAACCGACUGGCGAUACGUACCAUGAGGCGGAGGACGACACGUAGCGGUCUUGAGGAGAUGCCGAAAGAGUCCAAGAUUCACGCACACUGCUCCUUCGAUACGCCGGAAUUCGUAGCGUGGCCCAGUGUCCCAACGUUUACAUCUACAUCGCGGAUGCGGAUCUACCAAACGUUCUCCAUCAGCUCUCUCUUGGAGCCCCAAACCCUCCUUAAAGUUAACCUUCCUUCAUGUCUCUCGAACCUAUACGAAUCCCUCACGGCCAGCUUGAAGGAAAGGGUGUCGCUGAUAUGUCAUACGGUGAUGAAACGUGGACGACCGAGUUCGUUGUUUUGGCAAUGGGGGAAGGAGGGGACAGAGAAUGCGCGGAAGGUGUAUGCGGUUUGA